UGGAGGGGGAGGGGGAUGCAGAGGAUGGGAACACUGACAAAGCCCAGAUGAGAUUUGAGGGAAAGGCCUAUAAAUGUGCAGCUGGAGAGCAUAGCAGCACCCAACUGAGACCAAGACAAACCAAGAUACCACCUAUCAUUGUUUUUUUCACAUCCUCUCUGGAACCUCAUCAUGGAUAUCCCCAUUAAGUAUCCCUGGUACCGCUGGGCGUUCCCACAUCGCUUCUCUGACCUCUCCUUGGCAGAACCUCUCACUGAUUGGCCAUUAAUCUGGCCCUCACCCUGGUCCUUCCCUUGGAGUCGCCCUUCAUUCUGGCGCUGGUUUAACUGGUCUGAGAAUGGUCACAGUGAGAUGCGCAUUGAAAAGGAUCGCUACGUCAUUUAUCUGGAUGUGCAGCAUUUCUCACCCGACGAGCUGUCUGUCAGUGUCAGUGAUGAGUUCAUCACAGUACACGCCAAGCAUGAAGACAAACAGGAUGACCAUGGCUUUGUAUCGAGAGAGUUUGUGAGGAAGUACAGGCUUCCUGCCGGGGUGUCAGGUACUGAUGUCACCUCCAGUCUGUCUGUCGAUGGUGUGCUGACCAUCACUGCACCAAGGUCAUCUUCUGGCCCAGAGCGCACUAUUCCCAUUUCCUGUGAAGUUGGAACUCCCAAACAGAAAAUGUAGAGCAGAAGCAAAUGCUCACUACUAACAAGUGCUGUCUUUAUACUUAACCUGCAUGGUACAGUUUUUUUGGCAGUAUGACAGAGCAUACAAGUGUAGAUGUCAAUAAGUGCAAGGGCAUUCUAAAAGAACGUCUUACUCACUGUUAGUCUUCAAGACAAUGGUGCUGUAAACCCAAAUGCUAACAUAUUAAACCUAUUAACAGUCAUAUGACAGCUUGGGGGAAAUGUAGUUUUAAGUUAAAAUUUACCAUGCAUUUAAAUUGUAUGUCUGUCCUGGCCUUGCCAUUUUGUGGCAAAAUUGUAAACAUUUGAUGUCUGAACUUAAACUAGCUUGCAGAACCAAUUAAUAUCACAAUGCUGAUAAAGAUCAUUCCCCUCUGAAGAUGGAAACAGGCUGAAAUUGUUUAUCUUAGUUGUAUAUAUAUUACUCAGUAAUGCGUGAAUGGAUAUAAGUAAGGUGCCAGAUGUCUUUGCGAAUAGUUUUUGUAUGUGUUAGGGGGAUGGAGUCUCUUGAAGCAAAAAUAGACUUAUUUUGUUUGUUCACUUGCCAGAAUGCCAGAAAAGGACUUGAGAUGGGUCACUGAAAGGGAAAUAGAUGGGGAAUAUUGGGAAGGAACUUCUGGGCCCCUAAUGCUGAAGGGGUAUUGACUUCGAGCUGCUAGGAAAGUGUGUCAGUGUGGGAGUGAAUGCACAUGUGCUUUUAGAUGCAACAAUUACAGCUUUAUCAUUCCUUCAUUAGUAACAGCCCUUUGGCAGAUUAACACAUAAAACAACAAAUACAAUAAAUGUUGAAUCUUGAAAUCAUUAA